GUCAAAAAAACGGGUGGGAAAACGAAAUGCAACCGCCACCGUCUCUGCAUUCGAAUUUCUUCUCUUCUCUGAGACAGGUCGAGAAGAGACUGAAACUCGAACAUCCGCCGCCGCUUCCGGCUCCGGCUCCGACAAAGUCGCAAACACAAGACGGCAACUACUCUUCGCUAGGGUCACUAAGCUCUCCUAUGUUCCUCCACCUCGAUCAACCCAUCGCUAGUUCUUCUAGCGACCCAUGUGGUAGCGAACCGCCUCGAGCUUUCCUAUCUAUUUCCCCGGAUUUCCCAUUACCCGACCAACAACACCCACCUCACUCAAGCCCUUCAGAUCGCCGCAGACCUGAAAUUGAAGCUGAGGAUGAUGAAAUUGACGAGAUCGAACAGUUAAUGCGGUUAUUGGGGUUACCGGAAGAGGGGGAUGAGGAAGAAGGUGGUAAUGAUUGUAAUUCCUGUCACUGUGAGGGUGGGUUUUACUCAAAGAUUGCGGGAAUGAAGGGGCCAAAGUGUAAGAAGGAGAUGAAGAGGCUAGAUGGGUGGAUUAAGUACUUUCGAGAGGAGAAGAAAGAGCCUUUGAGGUUGGCACAUUUGCUUCUGGGCAAACGUGUUUUUCUUUCUGAAGGUGGUGAUGAUGAUGAUCAUGGUUUUGGAGGCUUGGAGUUUCCUUCAACUGUACAGGAAUUUCUUCACACAGACCCACCUGAUUGAGGCAAUCACCCUCUCUCAUUUACUCGAUUGAAUUAAUGAGCCCUGUUAAACUUGUUCUAUGUUUUGUGUCAAUUUGCUUAUUUGAGUCUGAUUAGCGAUCGAAUUGUUGGAAGUGCCCUGGGUGAUCCUUAGGCUCCCCAUUUUUACAUCUGCCACAACUCAAUUUACAAAUGUAUAUGAUCUUGAUCUGUGAUUUUUCUGAA